CUUCCUGCGGGCUUUCGCGCCAUCUAGUGGAGCGGAUGGGCAGCGCAACGGCGCCUGCGAACUUUUCUGAGGGCCUUUAAGACGAAGCUGACAGUCGCCGGGUUUGAAAAUGUACUGUAAAUUACGACAGGUUUUGAGGUGUUUGUUGGCUCUGGUUCGUGAGGAGUGCGGUGAGAGUAAACGUUCAGGAGGUCUGAUGGUUGUCGUGAGAGCGCUGUCCGAAUCUCCCGCCAUUUUAACCGUAUCUGCUGCUGGUGCUUGGUGCAAGAAAAUGUCUAAGUCUGCUUUAAAAGAGGCUUUAUACGGUCUUUCUUUAAAGGUCCCACCUUGCGAGUGUAUUCAUCAGCAAGAGCUUAAUAGGUUUACUGACAAUUUUGGGUCUUUGUCUUUCACCUAUUGUUUCCAUGCUGAAAAGACUAAUCAGUCCGUGGAGGCUGAACUGUCAAAGAUCCAACAAUUUCUGCACAGACUCAGUCUGGUUCAUGCACAGGUGAAAAUCAUAUCUGAGAUCAGGACAGAUUCAGCGACACACAAGCAGAUGUUCAGUGGAGGAGUGAAAGCAAGUAAAUUGUCAUUGAUGGCUCACAGCAUCAAUAUGGACACUGCCGCAUACGGACAGAGUCCAUUCUCUGUACGGUGUCUGCCGUCCUGUCCACAGAUGCACCCAGUGUUUGGAAACACACUGAGCUGUGUGCUUCCCACUGACGUGGUAGAGGCUGGACUGUGUGGGGAAGUGAGCAUGGCUACCAUGGCAACACUUGCUCCUUGUAUGGAUCUGUAUUCCAAUUGGCCCAUUCGUCUCUCAUGCAUACGGAUGUUAGUGUACAGUCCAUGCGGCUUGCCUUUAAUGCAGCAAACGCAGAUGAGUUUCCUCCAGAGUCUGGCUACUUCACUUUCCUGGGCAGAUCUGGGCCUUUCUAGAGUCUGUUGUAUGGAAGCACAAAACAUACAGGGAUCUCUGCGUUCUGAUGUAGAAUUCUCUGUCGAGACCGACUGCAGCCAGGAAACAAGAUGUAGUAGCGGUGCAGAGAAGGACAUUGAGUCAGAAUGGAGCCGCGCUGUAGAACAGACUCUGACUGUCUUCAUUUUCACUCAGUACACUGACCCCUUCCGCUCCCAGAUCUCAGACUUCAUAAGCAGCGAAGAGGUUUUCGAGAGACACUUGGAUGCAGUUUUGUGGUACAACGGGGAUAAUGUGAGGGCGACGCUGCAAACUACCAUGAAAAGCACACUGAAAGUAUUUCAGCAAAAGCAUGCUGCCAGGCAGAGGUUGGAUUCUGCCAUACCCAUUGUGUUGAGCUCAAUGAACAGCAUAAUUGCCAGCAGCAGCAGCGGAGAGUUUCGAAGAACGUGUUUUGAUAGCAUGAAGGUAUAAUGUAUGACUAUAAUUUAUACUGGUUCCCAAAACACCCUAUUUUAUGUGUCAUUUCACUUCUUAUUCUUAAGAACAGCGCUUGCUAACUUGGGAAAGUUGCAUAAAAUGUUUUAGGUCAAGAGCACCGGCGAGUUACAUGCCUCACUAAAGCAGUCUCUUCAAAGCAUCGUGGAUGGGCGCUUUACUCCAAGGCGCAGGUGUAAUAAGGAAAAGGUGGCGGACGCUGUUAGCGCUCAACAGAGUAGUCUUGAUGGCCGGGAGGAAGAGUUUGAAAAUCUACCAGAACUGUCUUCUAAGAGGGUUCACUCUGAACCUCAAUACUCAAGCUUUAUUUCUAAGAAGAGACAAUGUUCAGAGACAACCUCUGAGAAUUCAGACGCCUUCAUGAAUAAUGUCUUUGAGGCAGCAAACAUUCAGAGAACUUCCCUGUCACCGAUACAGCUUCCUCAAAGUCAGCAAACCAGGAUGAUCGCAGACAAACCCUCAGUGCCGAGUCUGACUAAACUGAAAAAUGAACAGGACGUUUAUUUAAAUCUGUUUCUUAUUUUGUUAUUGAGCAUUGGUAGUUUUAGUAAUUCUAGACUAGAUCUGGAAAUCAUUCUCAUUAUGCAACAUGUAUACUUAAUAGGUUGGAAAAGCGGAGGAGGGGUGCACAAGCUCUGGUUUAGUUUUCCAGAUUUCAGAGUCACGUCUUUAACGUGGACACAGGUCCAGUACUGUUCCACAUCAGGCGGUGAUAAAGAGGGAUCUCCAGCAGGUCCUGUAGAGCCCACUGACAAAAACCAAACUACACAGUCCUCUGCAAAAACAGCUGGUAACAAAAAUCGAAGUCUGACGAAAGCAGAGAGCAUUCAAGUAAAAGUACGGGCUGUCUUGAAAAAAAGGGAAUAUGGUAGCAAAUACACCCAGAAUAAUUUCAUUACCGCAGUUAGAGCUAUGAACGAGUUCUGCCUCAAACCCAGUGAUCUCGAGCAGCUCAGGAAAAUCCGUCGACGUAGUCCCCAUGAUGACACCGAAGCCUUCACCGUCUUCCUGCGAUCAGACGUGGAGGCAAAAGCGCUGGAUGUAUGGGGAAGUCAAGAGGCCCUUGCUAGAGAGAGAAAUCUCAGGAAAGAGGUGGAAAGGGAGUACCAAGAAAACAUAUUUAGAAAUCAGCAGCUGUUGAAGGAGUACAAAGACUUCUGGGGGAACACAAAGCCUCGGUCGAGGAAGAGAGCGACAUUUCUACAAGGACCAGGAAAAGUUGUGAUGGUGGCUAUAUGCAUAAAUGGACUGAAUUUUUUUUUUAAGCUGUUGGCGUGGGUUUAUACAGGAUCUGCCAGUAUGUUUUCUGAAGCCAUCCACUCACUGGCUGAUACCUGCAAUCAGGCGCUCCUUGCACUAGGCAUCAGCCAGUCUGUCCGGAACCCAGACGCCAUCCAUCCGUAUGGCUUCUCCAACAUGCGCUACAUCGCCUCUCUCAUCAGCGGAGUUGGUAUCUUCAUGAUGGGCGCUGGCUUGUCCUGGUAUCAUGGGAUUAUGGGACUCCUGCACCCUCAGCCAAUAGAAUCACUGCUCUGGGCUUAUUGCAUAUUAGCAGGAUCUCUGGUAUCUGAAGGAGCUACACUAUUGGUGGCCAUUAACGAGAUCAAGAAGAGUGCGCAUAAACAAGGCCUGUCCUUUUAUGAGUACGUGAUGCAGAGUCGAGACCCCAGCACUAACGUGGUCCUGUUGGAGGACGCUGCUGCUGUGCUCGGGGUGGUGCUGGCAGCUGGAUGUAUGGGACUAACGUCUCUCACAGGGAACCCGUACUAUGACAGUCUGGGUUCUCUUGGUGUGGGUACACUAUUAGGAACGGUUUCUGCGUUCCUCAUCUACACUAACACAGAGGCUCUGCUGGGUCGUUCCAUCCAGGCUGAGCAUGUGCAGAAGCUCACAGAAUUUCUGGAAAGCGACCCUGCUGUCAGGGCGAUUCAUGAUGUUAAAGCAACAGAUAUGGGGCUGAGCAAAGUGCGCUUCAAGGCAGAGGUGGACUUUGAUGGGCGGGUGGUGACACGCUCAUACCUGGAGAAGCAAGACAUUGAACAGAUCCUCAACGACAUUCAGCAGGUGAAGACGCCAGAGGAGCUGGAGAACUUCAUGUUGAAGCAUGGAGAGAACAUUAUUGACACCUUAGGAGCAGAGGUGGACCGUCUAGAGAAAGAACUUAAGAAACGUAAUCCUGAGGUCCGGCAUGUGGAUCUGGAGAUUUUAUAAUGUCGUGACACUUUGCAGUAUGGAGAUCAGGAUGGAGUGGAAGGAAACCUAUUUAAACCUUGAGCGACCAUGAGCACCCCAUACUCUCCAACCAGCCAAUCAGCUGAGGUCUUAUGUUACAUUUGUCCCACAUCACCCAAGCGCUAGCCUGGUUUCAGUUUCAUAAAUGUGCAAAUCCAUAGCCACUACAGAGAUGACUCCGGCUGGAUAGAGACAAGGCUAAUAAAUGAUUAUUUUAGUCAUUAGCUUUCAGAUUUGUUUUAGUUUGUACCGUCAGAGCUUUGAAAUCAUGUCCAUGGAUUGUAAAAGGACCAAUCUUAGUUCAUUUCACAAUUUGCAUGCAAAGCAGCAUAAACACUCAGUAAACACACAAGUGUUAGUCAAGAGGUGUCCAUUCUGUAUGAAAGCACUGGUUUAAAUUAUAUCUAAAAAAAACAGUUUCCCAUGUUACGCCAUACGUCAUUUUUCAGAUGCGCUGAGAUGAUGGCAUGUUCAAUUUGUGCCAUUGUCACUGAAUGAAGUAAGCUGAUUUAUUGAAUAUUCAUGAGUGAGUUACAAAAAUGAAGAGUAAUCGUAAUCUACUUUUUUAAUCCAGUUUAAAUUGAUGUUUAUAUCAGUUAAAAAACAUUUCAGAUUCCUUCAUAAAUGACACUUAUUUAAAAUAUUACUAAUAACAAAUGAGGAAAGUGUGUUCUAAACUAUAUUAUAUACAUAUUUAUAAGUAACGAGAGGACUAUAGAACCCCCCUUAACCCCCCACCCAAACCCCAAGUGAUGAGGACUACUCAGAUUAUGCUUUAUGACUUCAUCUGUUUAUGCUGUAAUUUAGUGUGACUGAAUGAAGACAGCAAGUGUAGAUGUCCAAAAACAGCUCUGUUACUAAAGUCAUUGGUGGCAUUGUUGUGCUGCCAACCUAGUCUGUGAACACUAGCACACGUGUUUUUCCAUUGUAAAUAAUUCCUAACUAAGAAAAUGCAACACUCUUAUUUUGAUAUCUGUAUCAUUAAGUAGCGUUCAGUCCAUUUAAAUACCCUUAGCACACAUACAAACAGUAUAUUUUGUGGUAGUUACUUGCUCUCUUGUGCUGAAGUCUUAAGUACUGUUUUUAAACAUUGUAAAAAAUUUCCCUUAGGAACAGUCAGAUAAAAUACUGCAGGUUGGGUGAACACAUUCAAGGGUGGUUAGCAAGUGUAAAGUUUAAAAAUCAGUUAUGGAAAAGGCUUUAAGACUAUAUAUAUUUUAAAUAUGUUUAUUUGACAGAUUGCUAUUUGGUUAGAUGUUUGAGCUGUUUGGAGCUACUGAAGAAAAAGGAUGAAUAAAUUGCAAUUAAUUUAUUAAA